UCAUUUACUCAUCACAUUUCUUCGACAAUUAUGCCACUAAAACACAACUUCCAUUGACGAGUAAAACUGAACGAACAUCAAAGAUUUCUGCCUUGUUAGCGACAGUAAGAUAAGUGUAGAUUUAAGAUAUUCACUGUUCAAAAAAAAAAAAGGCAAUCAUGAGUAUAAAGGAAUUUUACAACGGAUGUGAUAUUUUCAUAACAGGUGGAACCGGAUUCAUGGGCAAAGUUUUGAUUGAAAAACUACUGCGAUCAUGUCCGGGCAUCAAAAACAUAUACGUUUUGAUGAGACAUCGCAAAGAUAAAUGUAUAACUGACAGAGUUAAAGACAUGUUGGCGUUACCGCUGUUCGAUAAGAUUAGAACGGAAAAUCCCGGUGUUGCAGAAAAAAAAAUAAUUCCUAUACUUGGGGACAUGGCCGAAAUCCGACUGGGUAUAAGUGAUGACGAUUACGAUAUGUUAGUUCGUAAUGUUUCGAUUGUUUUUCACGUUGCUGCAACAGUUCGGUUUGACGAACCUAUUCGAGAUGCGAUUAUCAAAAAUGUUAGAGGAACGCGAGAAGUCGUAAGAUUAUCUGAACAAAUGAAAAACCUCAUUGUAUUUUUACACGUAUCAACGACUUACUGCAAUUGUACCAGAGUUUAUGUGGAAGAAAAAGUAUACGAAUCACCAAUCAGUUGGCAAGAUGCAAUUAUGAUUGCAGAAAAUGUAGAUCCCAAAUUGUCUGAAAUUUGCACAAAAAAAUUGUUGGGAUCGUUUCCGAAUACGUACACAUUUACAAAAUUAUUGGCCGAACAAAUAAUCAGCGAGAAAUCGGACAGGUCAAAUCAUAACAAUAACAUGCCGAUGGUCAUAUUCAGACCGUCGAUAGUAAUAUCUUCGAUCGCUGAGCCCGUAGUCGGAUGGAUAGACAACGUUAAUGGACCGAUCGGACUAAUGGUUGCGACUGGCAAAGGUGUAACGCUGGUCACGUUGGCUUAUAAAGAUUCAACUCCAGACUUUAUGCCCGUUGACUUAUCGAUUAAAGGGAUGAUCCUGGCCGCUUAUCAUCGUGGGAUACACAACUCGCCAUCGGACAAGCCACUCACAGUGUAUAAUUCAUCAUCAGUCAAAAAGUCAAUUACCAACAACAAAUUGAUGCAAUUCGCAGUAAAGUAUUUUAGAUUGCAUCCGUUUGAUGAGAUUUUAUGGAAGCCGAGACUUUAUUCUACGUCUUCUAAACGGCUUUUUAAAAUUCUCGUUAUUAUUCAACAAGUUUUACCAGCUAUACUUAUCGACUUCUUACUGGAGGCUACCGGAAAACCACAAAAGACAAAGUUGGUGAAAUUGCAGCAAAAAAUAUUUUCGGCAAUGAUGGCGUUAUCGUUUUUCACGUUACAGACAUGGACGUUUAAAAAUACAAAUUUUUUAAAUCUUCUCACAGAAAUCCCAGAUUCUGAAAAAGACGAUUUUGAUUUCAACUUCGAUAAUGUAAACGUUGAAGAUAUUUUCAUAAAUGUUCUUACUGGAACCCAAAAAUAUUUAUUCAAUACCAAUACAAUGAAAACAAAACAAGCGAAAAACAGAUUGGAAAAAUUGAUUUGGCUGGAACGAAUUUUAAUAACACUGUUUUUCGUUUUUAUUACAUGGUGUUUAUAUUUAAUUAUACCCUUUAGAUUUUGAACACUUAAUAUUUUAUUUAAUUUUGAAUUUUAACUUUUAAGUCAUAAUAACGUUUAUAUUCGUCAGUAGUAACAAUUUAAUUAAGUAUAAUAAUUUACGACUGCAUAAGAUUUUUAAUGAAAAUAAAAAUAAAACAUAAUAUGGUGGCUACUGCCAGCCAUUAUAAAUUGUAAAAAUAAAUACACUGUCAAGAUUAACUUCGAA